UGUGUGCGUGUGGAGCGCGCGCUGCAACAACAACAACAACAACAAUAACAGCCAGCACGGUGUAAAUUUACAAACUCAAGCUGAACAAUAAAGCGCAUGGUAAAAAGAAAUUGAAAAAAAGAAGAAAACACGCACACACACACACACACACACACAAACACUCGCGCCCUCAAAAGCAAAAGUAAAGAUAAAGUUGAGCCAAGCAAAGACAAGGACAAAAGGCUGUGAUUCAAGCCAAACUCGUCAAGCGGCUGAACAGCCAAAGACACAACAAACAGGCAAAACAGUAGUCGAUGUGUCCAUCGCUUGCUGAUGUUGUUGUUGAUUUUGUUGUUGUAUUUGUUAUUUUGUUGCUGUUGCUGUUGCUGUUGUCUGUUGUCUGUACGCCAUUCGAUCGAGUGACAGCAUCCAGAGGCGCCGAAAUAUAAUCAUGAAUGGCGUGCGACAUGGCCUGCACACUGGGGCCAAAGACAAAGAAAAGAAACUGAACAAAGACAAUUACAUUUUUUUUUUUGGUUGCCAGGUCAAUCUCGAGCCACUGUGGGCUGCAGAUUUUGCGUUAUCCGUUUUGGUUGCUUCGUUUACCGCUAACUGUUUAUGGUUCAUUAUUGCUAUUGGUUAAUUUAUUUGUGCAGUUGGCUAAGCACCGUUAUUUGUCCCGGUGUUUCAACUCAGUCUCAGUCGCUGUCGCAGUCGCAGUCUCUGAGUCAGCGCUUGUUCCUGCCGCCCCCAAAUCGUCCGGUGCCAUGCGGAGGGUGGUUUUUUUUUUUUUUUUUUGUUCGUUUUGUGCUUUCGUUUCUCGUUCUUCACAUUUAUUUAUAUUUUUCGCCACGUUGCGCCUUCAACUUCAACCACUUGCCGCCGUCGACGUCAUCGCACGCGCCCUCCAAACCGCCCCAGCUACAGGGGCUGCAGGGCAGCCAUACAACAACAAACCAAAACUUGGUGUCAUUGGCACUCUCUCGGGUCUACUUUUUUCUCUUCUUUUUUUUUUGUUUAAACUUUUGCUUCGACGUGGGCAUCGCGUGCUCGACGCGCAUAAAGUUAAGCCCAAAGAGUUUGCAAAUGCAUGGCAAAUCAAUUGAUUAAAGGCAAUCGCUAACGGAACACUUUAGUGUUGGUUCCGUUAUACGCAAAAUGGCAUCAAACGACUUUUGAUAAUUGCUAGGGUUCUGGUACGCAACGAUUUGCAUGACAUGCACAUGACUGAAAUCGGCGCAGUUUGGCAACAGCUGUCGCAGCUUUGAAAGCGAACAAAGGUCACAAACUAAUGUUAACGCGUCAUUAUAAACAAUAAACCAUAUACUUAUAUAUAUAUAUAUAUAUGAAAAAAAAAAAAACAAAAAAAUAGUUGCAAAUGCAUAUGAUUCGCUGCUAAUGUUGCACCCACCACCGCUCACCGCACACCGCUAACGCAACCGCUUACCGCUCAUCACCAACACCAACAACACCACCACAACCACCAACAUCAUCAAUACCAAGCAACAACUAGCUAGCUAGCAAUACGAACCACCAAAUCAAGCAAGCACGGCACUCAACUCUGGCUUGAGCCUCGCCUCGUCCCGGCUCGCCUCGUCCCGGCUCGCCUGGCCACAACUCAACUCAACUUGAAGCAGUUGCAACGGAGACAGCGCGUUAUUUGAUGACGCUUCUCAAAAUGUCUUCAACGUUUUCAUUUGUAAAAUGUGAGCGACUCUUUACAGUUAUACCUAGCACAUAUCUAGAUACAUAGAUACAAACAUGCAUAUGGGCAUUUCCUGGUUUGUCACGCACGUGACACUCCAUGCGACUUUAUUGCGACAAAAAACACAAAGACAUGUUCUACAUAUUUUAUACCCUGGUUAAAUUGUCUUGUAUAAAAUCAAGCCAAUGGCGAGGAGUUUUCAGUUCGUUUUCAUAAAAUCGCAAAAUUGAAUUUAAUUUUUUUUUAUGGUUUCUUUCUUUUACUUUAUGAAAUGCGCAGUGCUUACAACAAGGUAACAAGGGCUUACGCAAGGUUGCUGGUUCUAAUUAUGUUGGUAGCUUUAAAAACAAGCUAAGGAGGAUUUUUUUUAAAUAUUUGCUUUAUAGAAAAAUUGAAUGCACGGCAACAAUGUGUUAAGACUUAAAUAGGCAAUAAAUUAAAAAGAGUCGAAGUAGCAGGCGAGAGAUCGCUGGUCCUAAUUAUUUAGCUAGCUCUCUAAAAUCAAGGUAAAGAGGAGUAUUCGCAAAAUUUAACUUUUUUUUAAUGGUUUCUUGCUUUUACUUUAUAAAAUGCAGCGCAACAAGCUGUAAGGAACUUGAUGAGUAAUAAAUUUAGGAGAGUCGAACUAGCAAGCGGAAGAUCGCUGGUUCUAAUUAUGUAGGUAUCUCUCUAAAAUCAAGCUAAAGAGGAGUACUCGCGAAAUUUAACUUUCUUUUUUUAUGCUUUCUUUCUUUUACCUGAUAAAAUGCAGGGCAACAGGGAGAGUCGAACUGGCAAGUCGCUGGUUCUAAUACAGAAGUAAUUUUUAAUUUGCAAUAAAUUAACUUAUUUUAAAAACUGUGCAGCCUAAAUUCCUUCAUUCGUGCAAGUCAUAAUUUGUAAAGUGACACGAGUCGUUAGGAAUUUAAAGGAAAAAUUCAAUUUUCCAGUUUCAUUUAAUACUAAACAAUACGAAAAUCAAUCAAACAAUCAAUUAGUGAAAAUACAUUUGAGUAUAUAGUUUUUAUUUUUUUUUAUUCUGUUCAUGUUGUUCGUGGAAAUGCCCAUAUGCAUAAUACUAGUUCUCGUUCUUGUUCUCGUUCUCACUAUCAAUACAUACUGUUAAAUACUAGCGUAGUGGCCCAUUCGCACACACCCUACUCCAUGUAGCUAACCCCGAAACAUUCAACCCGAUAACGAAUUGUACUCGCAAAGUUGUUGGCCAACUAGUGGCAGUAUUUUGUGUCAUAUUUCAAGUUACAUGUUUGCCACUUUAGUUAGUUGACUGACAAGCCAAAUUCUUGUUUUAUUUCAAAAUUUGUUGAACAACAUUUUGUUUUGCAUACCUUUCCUGCAACAACAAAAGCAACAAUAGAGCUAACCACUUUUCGUGUUCUCUUCGUUUUUUUUUUUUAUUCAUUUAUAUUUUUUUUUGUCGUUCCCCCCUCUCGCUCAAGCUGUCUUCCUUGUAUGCGAACACAUUACGAACACUUCUUCAACUUGUUUUUUCACUUCUUCUUCCUUUACAUAACUUUGGUCAACUGUUGGAAAAUUGAAAACGCUUUAGCAAUUAUGCAAAGUCCAAGCCUCAAAAAAUUGCUAUAAGCUGGACACAGUUAUGCGAUGGUUUCUGUACAGAAAUUUAAACACCUAUUACCAUAUACCAACCGUCUCGAAUUGGCUUUAUAUUGGGCCUGUUUUGGGCGGCAACAUGUAAAUAGCUCCCAGCCCUGCUUGCACCCAACUACCGACCGUUCCAUAGAAACUCCUACAGCAAAGACAACACUUAAAGCAUGCUUCCCACAUUCCUCGGUACAAGCUUAAAACCAAAUCAUUUACAAAAUUACUUUGAAGUCGGAACAACUCCCGACUGCCUAAUACUCGGUUCAAGAUGUUAAAGCAGCUGCAAAUCUACAGAUUGUAUUAUAUAUUUCCCAACUAAAAUACUUGUAUAUAUAUUUGAAAGUCCUUCGUGUCCAUCAUAAGCCGUUGUUGCUAUCGACUUCAGUUGUUCAAUGUCAUAACUUGUUGUGAAUUUUAACGCGUCAAGCAAUGCAAAUUGCUUAAUGUAGGGCAGGCAAAUCAACUUUUUGAACGGAGUAUAAGAUAUAAGUCUAUUGUGUUCUUUUUAAAUAACUGCGAAUGCUUGCGUGUUGCACAUCAUAAUCCGAAUCAUAGUAAAAUGUUCUUUAAACAUAUGCACAAAAUUCGAAACUUCACUUUGCAAUUUAGUCAACAUUUCUAUACUAGCUAUUCUAAAACAUAAUCGCAUUUGUUUCCAUAGUUUCUACGUUCAAUGCGUUCGCUCGUUCGUUCGUUCGUUCGUUCGUUCGUUCGUUUUGUUAACCAGUUCAAUUUUAUUGUAUAAAGAGCUUAACUAGCCAGAAAAGAAGUUCACUAAGGCGCCAAGCAAAGACGAUUAUAACUGGGAAACCAAUUAUGCAAAAUAAAACAAAAAAACAACAACUAAAGUGUUUCUAAUCACAAGUUCUUCAAAUUCUCUCUUAAAUAAACAUAACACACGAAACGCACACAAAACCAACAAACCAAAUUUAACAAUCAUCCAUUCAAUAAACGCAGCCCAAAUUGCGCAUUUGUUUAAGACCAAAGCGUGCGAGCUUUUAGCAGAAGGUGUCUACGCCAUCGAUUUGUUUCAUGUUGUAAUUCAAAUACUUUUGUUUAUUGGCAACAAUAAUGGUCAGCACAACAUUGACAACAUUGGCUGCUGGACAAACAACUAGUAGCAGUAAUCAUCAUCACCAUCAUCAUCACCAGCAGCAGCAGCAGCAACAGCAGCAUCCACUGCAGCAACCUCACCACAGCACAGUCAGUAGCAGUAACGGCAGCAGCAACAGCAGCUACCAGCGCCUGCAAUCAUCCGCAGCAGCAGCAACAGCUGCAGCAGCCGCUCAGCAGCGCAAUUACUACGCACUCAACGGCCUGGAACACGACUGCGAAAGCAGCAACUCCCAUAGCAACAGCGGCUACCAGCAGCAGCAGCAGCAGCCACUGAAUUUAUCGCAAGCGCUGCUCUCGCCUUCACCACCGCUCAACGAUCAGAUUAAUCUGCUCUUUCCCAAGUGCCGACCCAAGCAGCAGCAAUCGCAGCAGCAGCAACCGCAGCAGCAACAGCAACAGCCCUCGCCCAGCAGCAACAGCAGCCGACAGCAGCAUGGAACCAUUGCCGAUGUGAAUCUGAACAGCAACAUCACAGCAGCAGCAGCAGCAGCAGCAGCAGUUGGUGUCUCAGAGACAACUGGGAGCAGCUCACCCAUUGUCACGCCCAUCAGUACGCCCAGCUAUUAUAAAAGCGUCAACAUUAUAACGCAAUCUCCGCCGCCGCAUUCAGCCUCGUCGCACUCUUCGGAAUCGUUGUCUUCGGUCACGCCGCGCAUAUCCACAAAUCCGUUUCUGUGCACGCCGCUGACACCACCAACACCACCAACGCCUCCACACAGCGCCAGAGCAGCUGUUGCAGCGGACGGCGAUACGGACGUGGAAGCAAUUCUGUUGGCAGAGGACGACGACUUGCAGCAAGAGCAGCAGGAGCUAAUCGAGGAGUCGGUGCCCCAGACGGCAUAUCCAGCAUCCUUCUACUAUCACACGGGCGAUAUCAGGCGUGGCCACGGCUAUACGGAUAUGCCGCGCAAACGCAACAGCGCCAUAUCAGCGGGAAGGCAGCAACACCAGCAGCAACAUCACACGCUGCUUAACGGCAACAGCAGCAACAAUAUUGGCAACGGCAGCGCCCAAAACAGCCAGAAUCCUUUUAUCAAGGAGAACUACUGGGAGUCAGCCACGCCACGAGCCAGCACCCUGCUGCACUCACCCACAGAGUACCCCGAUGAGCAGCAGCAGCACCAGGAGCAACAGCAUAUGCACGCCUCAGCGAGACGAGCCUAUCAUCAGCAAAGGGAGCAGCUGGCGCCACAAUUGUACACCAUAGCACAAAGGCCGACGCAGACGCAGUCACAGAAUCUUCAAGCUCCACACGUAUUGCGUGUGGGUCGCAGCCCAGUGAAUCGCAACCACUCGUCUGGUGGUGCACAGCAACAGCAACAGCAACAGCCACCGAUUGUGGGCAGCAGCAAUCCGUGUGCCGAGGGGCUCUCCCCUUUGGCUAGCCACUACCUGUAUGGCAGCAAAUCUUCACUGGAUCAGCACGCGUCUGACUGGGAGCCACGCGAACAGCGUAAGCAGCGGCUGCGCGAAGAACGCGAUCGCGAACGCGAAAGGGAACGGGAGCGAGAGCGGGACAGAGAACGAGAUCGUGAGCAACUGCUGCUGGAACAGCAACAGCAUCUGCAACUACAAGACGUACAUGCCGCACGCGAAAACCACCUGAGCCACCUGUCGGCGGCACAGCAACAUCAGCAACAGCAGCAACAACAGCAGCGAAAGCGACACGGCAACAGCGAGGAUCGGGAUCGAGAUCAACGGCUAAUCAGCAACUCUGUCAAUGAGUCAUCAAUGAGCGGCUAUGGAGUAGCCGAUGCCUCGGAGAGUUGGCAGCAUCUACGCGUCACGACCGAAUCGACCGAGGAGAGCAAAUGCGGCAAGCAGCUACCCACUGACAAGUCGAUGGGCGGCAGCCAGAGCCGUUCGCAUGCUAUGCUCGAGCCGCACACGCGCCGCCUGCUCGACGAUGGCGCCGUCUAUCGAGAGCACAAGCUGGAUGCCUGGCAGCUAGAACGCAACUACACGCUGGCCGUGGAGUCGCGUCACGGCAUCAUAGAAUACGAGGGCUCGCCACGACGCAUUGGCGUCGCUGCCAGCAGCAGCAGCAGUCCCGCUGCAGCGGACGAAAGCGAACCACCAGUUGGCGCAAUAGCAGCAACAGCAACAGCAACAGCAGUAGCAGCAGCAGCAGCAGCGGCAGCGGCAGCUCCACCAAUGGCCGCCGUGCCGCCAAUGAGUUGCAGCACGACUGCGGCUAGCUCGCUGCAAAAGACGGCAGCACGUGCCGCGCUCGCCGCACUUGCCCAAUGCCAGCCACCGCAACAACCGCAGCCGUAUCCGGUGCGCCCCGGCUUUCCACAGCGCAUAAUUUCGCCACCGCGUGAGCUAGGCAGCAGCUCGCCUACGCAGCAGCAACAGCAGCAACAGCAGCAGCAACUGCCGCUGCACUUCAACAACGGCAGCAACCAUAGCAAUAACAACAACAACAAAGCAGCGUGCUGCGACAACAAUGCCGAGGAUACGAGCAACGAUGUCUCUGAAAUUGGCACCAUAUCCGACCUGACCACGCCCGAGGCGCCCAUUACGGCCACGCCCAACGAGUUGACAAGCUGUGUGGCUGUUUCACCGCCACCAGCAGCAGCGGCAGCAGCAGUGGCAGCAGCAACAACAGUUGCAACCGCAACGGGAAAACCAACGAUUGCAUCAACCAUGACAUCAGCAAUGGCCGGCAAUUCCUCGACAGCGGGCACGACCCUAACUUCUGGCCCAUUGAGCCUGCACACCAAAUCCUCGACCUUUGAUUACCUCUACGAAUUCUCGGAGACUCGCAAAGUGCUGGAGGAAUUCUUCAAGUGUCCCUCGAAUGAUGAGCAGCCCAUAAUGGAGAAUGGCAGCGAUGUGGACAGCAUUGACAUACAGUACGAGUUUCACAGCAACUUUGAGCGUGACGAGGAGGAGCUAGAUGAGGAAGAGGAGGAGGAUGAGGACGAAAAUGAUGAGGGUGAGGAUGAAGAUGAGCACGCCGAGCAGGAAUAUCAGCAGCAACAACAGCAACAACAGCAGCAGCAGCAGCAGCCACAACAACUGUUGCAGCAGCCGCCCGCAUCAGAGCGCCACGUCUAUGGCGCCUACACGCAGCCGCAGCUGCAGUUGCAGUCGCAGCUUCAGUCGCGGCCAGCGCAGCUGCCACGGCACUACAGCGGCAGUCCACUAAUGCGCGACUUUGACUUCUUCCUUGACUCGGCCAGCCGCAGCAGCGGCGAGCGAGAGGGCGAACAGGAUGGGCUCAAUCACAACCAGCUGCUGAGCACUGGCAGCGGCAGCGGCCUAGGCCAAAGCGUUGGCCAGGGCGUAGGCGGCGGCCUGACAGGCGGCCACAACUACCGCUACUCACCGGAGACCACCGACUACGACUCCAACUGCGGCGAUCUGGACAGUCUCUCGGGCGAGAUGAAUGGCGGUGUAUCGACCUCCUGCUCAAACUACGCGAAGUACUAUGCCUCGGCCAUGCCCGUGCUGGAGGAUGGCCUCUCCUCGGGCCACACCAGUGACACAGAGAAUAAUAACAACAACAAGAACCUUCAGCAGCUGGCCACCCAGGCAGCCCAGAACCAGAUACAGGGCCUUAGCCAGAACCAGAACCAGAACCAGAACCAGAGUCAGGGCCAGGGCCAGGCACAGGGUAACCUCAGCGCCAGCACCAGCAUUGGUGGCGGCAUUUCCAUGCUAAUGGACAUGAAACGCAUCUCGACUAACAACAGCUUAAACAGCAUGCACAACCUGACGGCCUCCACCACCGAAAGCAACGGAGUUGGCCACCAGCUGAGCCACACGAGUCCCAGCAACGGGCUACAUAAGCAGCAACCGCAGCUGCCACAGCAACGCGAACUGCUCGGCCAGAGCCCCAGCAGCAACAGCAAUAGCAAAGUGUUCAAGAACAUAGAUCCGGAGUUGGAUUCCCUCUACUCUAUCAGUGUUUUCCACCGGCCGGACAUGGUGCAGAUGACGCCUCCACCGCCAGCGCCGGCGCCGCAUCGCAAGCCCAACUGCAGCACUGAUGUUGAUCUGCUGCAGACCACCGGACAGGGCAGCAAGCAUACGCCGCUGAAUGCGGCCAUCAGCUCGACGUUGCAGCGCAGCUCGCCCACCGCCUGCAUAGGCGUCGGAAGCGGCGCCCCAAAGCCGCGCAGCGCUGGCAGCAAUUGCAGCAGCAAUGGCAUCGGCGGUGGGUUGGGUGGUGGGCCAGCGCCCCCGCCAAUCCCCGAGCGCAGCAAUAUGCAGCCGGUGCAACGCUCGCCCUCGCCCGUGAUGAGCUCGCCCGUAUGGCUGUCACGGCAUUUAGAUGGAGGUGCCGGCAAGGCGCUGCUCGAAUCGAGCUCAGAUAACCACUCAAAGAACCACAGCGCCGACGAGGAGGAUGUGGACACGGACCUAGAGACGGACCGUCUGCUGGGCCACCAGCGUCUGGACGAUCAGGGCUACUACGAUGAGAACAAGAGCUGGGAUCGCAAGCCGCGCGGCUCGCUGCUCUCCAAAAUAUCGCCCAAGCAGCAACAGAUGCCCAGCACCAAGACACGCAAUGGCUACAAUGCGCUGCUCAGCUCCACGCCGGAACUGCCGCCGCCCAUUCCACCCAAGAGCUCGGCCAGUCUCAGCGGCUCGGGCGCCGGCAAGCUGCUCGAUUUGGUCAGCAGCGUGCAGCAGCGCAGCAACUCGCGCAGCUCCUCGGAGCAUAGCCACAAGUCGCCGACAAAGGUGUCCAGCAGCGGGCAUGAUAUUUGCGGCAUGACAGCUGCCACAGCUGCCGAUGUGGUUGCCACUGCUGUGGUCGCCGCCGGUGCACUGCCCCCUCUGGGCAGUCCCAACAAUGGCGGCGGCUCAGAGCGCUCUGCUGCGGGUGUCGCCAAGCUGGAUGUGGAGAAUGAUGGCAUCAAUGGCGGGGGCAUUGUCGGUGUCGCCAGCGGCGUGGCCAAUGCUGUCAUCAACAACGGCACCAACAGCACCAAUGGCAGCACCGGCAACAACAACAGCACCAACACCAACGGCAACAACAACAAUGUUGCCAUCGGCAGCAACAACAGCAGCGGCAGCGCAGCGGGCAGCAACAGCAACAGCGGCGAGAAAAAAGUGAAAAAGAGUAAGAGCAAAGAAGGCGGCGCAGUGCUCAUUGAAGGCGUUCUAUUUCGGGCAAAAUACUUGGGUUCCACGCAGCUGGUUUGCGAGGGUCAACCCACCAAAUCGACACGGAUGAUGCAGGCCGAGGAGGCCGUGUCUCGCAUAAAGGCCCUGGCACCCGAUGGCGAUGUGCAGCCCAGCACGGAGGUGGAUCUGUUUAUAUCAACAGAGAAGAUAAUGGUGCUGAACACCGAUCUGAAGGAAAUCAUGAUGGAUCACGCGCUCCGCACCAUCUCCUAUAUAGCAGAUAUCGGGGAUCUUGUGGUGCUGAUGGCGCGUCGUCGUUUCGUGCCCCAGGACAUUGAUGAUGCACCCAAGCCGAACCGCACGCCCAAGAUGAUCUGUCACGUGUUCGAGAGCGAUGAGGCGCAGUUUAUUGCACAGUCGAUUGGUCAGGCCUUUCAGGUGGCAUACAUGGAGUUCCUUAAGGCUAACGGUAUUGAGGAUCAUCGCUUUGUCAAGGAAAUGGACUACCAGGAGGUGCUCAAUAGCCAGGAGAUCUUUGGCGAUGAGCUCGAGAUCUUUGCCAAGAAGGAGCUGCAAAAGGAGGUCGUUGUACCCAAGGCCAAGGGCGAAAUACUCGGCGUGGUCAUUGUCGAAAGUGGCUGGGGCUCCAUGCUGCCCACGGUCGUCAUUGCGAACCUCAUGAGUUCUGGUGCGGCGGCGCGUUGCGGCCAAUUGAAUAUUGGCGAUCAGCUGAUCGCCAUCAAUGGACUGAGCCUAGUUGGUCUGCCGCUCUCCACCUGCCAGACGUACAUCAAAAACACCAAAAACCAAACCGUGGUCAAAUUCACAGUUGUACCCUGUGCGCCCGUCGUCGAGGUUAAGAUCAAGCGGCCAGAGACCAAAUAUCAACUCGGAUUCAGUGUCCAAAAUGGCGUGAUCUGCAGCCUGUUGCGUGGAGGCAUUGCGGAGCGGGGUGGCGUUCGAGUUGGUCAUCGCAUCAUUGAGAUCAACAACCAGAGCGUUGUGGCUGUGCCGCACGAGAAGAUCGUCAAUUUGCUGGCGACAUCAGUGGGCGAGAUACUCAUGAAAACAAUGCCCACUUCAAUGUUCCGCUUGCUAACCGGCCAGGAAAACCCCAUAUAUAUUUAAGCGAUAUCUAUCAAUAGACGAUAGGCAAUGAAGAGCGCGUGCGUAGUAGGCAGAAUUCUAAUGAUAUAUAUAUAUGAUAUAUAUAUAUAUAAAUAUAUGCAUAUAUUAAUGUGUAUGAAUAUGCGUAUCUGUAUAGACUUAGUUUGAUAUAACGCUGAUACUUAUAUAAAGCAUAGAAAACGUUCUAAUUUAGCUAUCUAUUGUGUGUGUUGUUUUUUUUUUUUUGUGACUACUAUAGAAUAAAGAUAUAACAGAACGGAAGAGUAUAGAAGAGUAUGUGGAAGCUAUGACAAAUAACAAGCGUAAAACUUUUGUUCCAAACUGCAACCAAAAGAAAAAUAUAACAAAGAAAACUAUAAACAAAAUGAAGAGAAACCAAAAGUAAAGAAAAGAAAUGACAGAAAUUGCACGCCUUUUUGCAAAGCUUAGAACUAAUAGUUAAUAAUGUGAGGGGAGAGCGCUGCGACUCCGUUGCGAUUGUUCGGGUAAAAACAUAUAUAUACACAUAUUAUAUAUCUAUACAUACGCAUAUAUAUAAAUAUAUAUAUAUAGAUAUAUAUAUUGAUAUAUCUAUAUAUAUAUAUCUUUAUAUAUCUAAAUAUACACGAUGACCUUUUUGCGAAAACGUCCUUAGCUUAGUUGAACAGCGUACAGACACAAUUAGUGAAUAUAAAGAUAGUUACGAUUACAAUGCCUUUGCCAACUACGCACUCCCCAACUACGCACUUCCUUUCCUCCUCUUCAAAUACCAUUAAUAAAUGUGUAAAGAUUGCUUUUUUAUAACACCCGCAAACACAAACACACACACGCAUAUAUAUGUACAUAUACAUUUGGUCCGCUCAUAAAAAAAACCAUUCACAAUAACACAUUUCAGCAAAAUGUGAUUAAAUAUUAAAAUGGAAAUAGCUCGGCUAAAUACAGUCCGAUUUCGGAAUGAUAUGCCUCUUUCUACUCGUACGGAUCCCGACAAUCGAUUGCCAUCCAAAAAUCCGCAAUCUAAGAGAUGACCCAAAAUGACCAAAAAUACAGUGUAACCAUCACGUUUUUUUCGGAAAAUGACUUUUUUUCUGAAAUCAAUGACUGUGAUGCCAAUCUAUUCUAUAUUCUUCCACGACUUAACCCUCCUUUUUUGGCCGCAAUCGGGCUUCAUUUGGCCAAGAUGUGGCCAUUUCAAGUUUUUCAAUGAAAUUCGUGUGGUUGUGGACAUAGCAGUAAUACAAAGCAUUGCAUACUUUCGUGCUGCUCGCAUAAUGCUUUCGAGCCAAUUAAAAUAGCUCUUUUACUGCAUACUUUUGGUCCGCGCAUAAUUAAAACCAUUCACAAUAACACAUUUCAGCAAAAUGUGAUUAAAUAUUAAAAUGGAAAUAGCUCGGCUAAAUACAGUCCGAUUGCGGAAUGAUAUGCCUCUUUCUACUCGUACGGAUCCCGACAAUCGAUUGCCAUCCAAAAAUCCGCAAUCUAAGAGAUGACCCAAAAUGACCAAAAAUACAGUGUAACCAUCACGUUUUUUUCGGAAAAUGACUUUUUUUCUGAAAUCAAUGACUGUGAUGCCAAUCUAUUCUAUAUUCUUCCACGACUUAACCCUUCUUUUUUGGCCGCAAUUGGGCUUCAUUUGGCCAAGAUAUGGCCAUUUCAAGUUUUUCAAUGAAAUUCGUGUGAUUGUGGACAUAGCAGUAAUACAACGCAUUGCAUACUUUCGUGCUGCUCCCAUAAUGCUCUCGAGCCAAUUAAAAUAGCUCUUUUACUGCAUACUUUUGGUCCGCGCAUAUAUAAAACCAUUCACAAUAACACAUUUCAGCAAAACGUGAUUAAAUAUUAAAAUGGAAAUAACUUGGCUAAAUACAGUCCGAUUUCGGAAUGAUAUGCCUCUUUCUACUCGUACGGAUCCCGACAAUCGAUUGCCAUCCAAAAAUCCGCAUUCUAAGAGAUGACCCAAAAUGACCAAAAAUACAGUGUAACCAUCACGUUUUUUUCGGAAAAUGACUUUUUUUCUGAAAUCAAUGACUGUGAUGCCAAUCUAUUCUAUAUUCUUCCACGACUUAACCCUCCUUUUUUGGCCGCAAUCGGGCUUCAUUUGGCCAAGAUAUGGCCAUUUCAAGUUUUUCAAUGAAAUUCGUGUGGUUGUGGACAUAGCAGUAAUACAAAGCAUUGCAUACUUUCGUGCUGCUCGCAUAAUGCUCUCGAGCCAAUUAAAAUAGCUCUUUUACUGCAUACUUUUGGUCCGCGCAUAAUUAAAACCAUUCACAAUAACACAUUUCAGCAAAAUGUGAUUAAAUAUUAAAAUGGAAAUAGCUCGGCUAAAUACAGUCCGAUUUCGGAAUGAUAUGCCUCUUUCUACUCGUACGGAUCCCGACAAUCGAUUGCCAUCCAAAAAUCCGCAAUCUAAGAGAUGACCCAAAAUGACCAAAAAUACAGUGUAACCAUCACGUUUUUUUCGGAAAAUGACUUUUUUUCUGAAAUCAAUGACUGUGAUGCCAAUCUAUUCUAUAUUCUUCCACGACUUAACCCUCCUUUUUUGGCCGCAAUCGGGCUUCAUUUGGCCAAGAUGUGGCCAUUUCAAGUUUUUCAAUGAAAUUCGUGUGGUUGUGGACAUAGCAGUAAUACAAAGCAUUGCAUACUUUCGUGCUGCUCGCAUAAUGCUUUCGAGCCAAUUAAAAUAGCUCUUUUACUGCAUACUUUUGGUCCGCGCAUAAUUAAAACCAUUCACAAUAACACAUUUCAGCAAAAUGUGAUUAAAUAUUAAAAUGGAAAUAGCUCGGCUAAAUACAGUCCGAUUUCGGAAUGAUAUGCCUCUUUCUACUCGUACGGAUCCCGACAAUCGAUUGCCAUCCAAAAAUCCGCAAUCUAAGAGAUGACCCAAAAUGACCAAAAAUACAGUGUAACCAUCACGUUUUUUUCGGAAAAUGACUUUUUUUCUGAAAUCAAUGACUGUGAUGCCAAUCUAUUCUAUAUUCUUCCACGACUUAACCCUCCUUUUUUGGCCGCAAUUGGGCUUCAUUUGGCCAAGAUAUGGCCAUUUAAAGUUUUUCAAUGAAAUUCGUGUGGUUGUGGACAUAGCAGUAAUACAAAGCAUUGCAUACUUUCGUGCUGCUCGCAUAAUGCUCUCGAGCCAAUUAAAAUAGCUCUUUUACUGCAUACUUUUGGUCCGCGCAUAUAUAAAACCAUUCACAAUAACACAUUUCAGCUAAACGUGAUUAAAUAUUAAAAUGGAAAUAACUUAGCUAAAUACAGUCCGAUUUCGGAAUGAUAUGCCUCUUUCUACUCGUACGGAUCCCGACAAUCGAUUGCCAUCCAAAAAUCCGCAAUCUAAGAGAUGACCCAAAAUGACCAAAAAUACAGUGUAACCAUCACGUUUUUUUCGGAAAAUGACUUUUUUUCUGAAAUCAAUGACUGUGAUGCCAAUCUAUUCUAUAUUCUUCCACGACUUAACCCUUCUUUUUUGGCCGCAAUUGGGCUUCAUUUGGCCAAGAUAUGGCCAUUUCAAGUUUUUCAAUGAAAUUCGUGUGGUUGUGGAUAUUGAAGUAAUACAAAGCAUUGCAUACUUUCGAGCUGUCUGUUCUAAGAAUCUACACGACUUAACCCUCCCAAUCAAAAAACUCUUAUUUGUAUAACUUAGAGCAAAAAUUUCUUUAAUAUUUGUCUCACUAAAAAUGUAAACUAGGAUAAAUCAAUGCGUACAAUAUAUUUAGUGUUGUGUGUGUUUUGCCUUCCCUCUACAUGUUUGUGCGUUUCUGUUUUACAUUGUAUACAACAAUUUAAGUCUUUUACGUUGCCAUCGAAUCUUAACAACUAAACAAAUAUGUUUAUUAGUAAUAUUUUUUAAAUAUUUACAAAUGAUGGCAAGAUGGCUUGCCUCGGCGCACCUAGCGCAGCUCUACAUAAACCACAUUUCAUUUCAAGUUAUUAUCAAAAAUUCCAACAAAAUCCACAAGAACAUUUGUUGCUUCGCGGCUUACAAGUUUCACUAGGUUUUAGUUAUAAAUAUAUAUCCAUAUAGCUUACUUCUCGAAGAACACAUAUACGUAUUUUAAAAUAUAUAAAACUUUAAUGUAUAUAUCGAGUUUUGGGUGCUAAGCCCCGUCCCCCAAACCCUCCACCUUUCAUCCUAUCACAAUUUGAAAUUGCGAACGCAGCUCCACUUUGUGUAGACAUCAUAUGAGUUAAAGUACAUAUAGAAAUAUGUAUUUAUAUAAACAUACUUACACUCUAUGUAAAUUAAGAUGCGCUUUUAGUAAUAUCUAUUUCCCCCAGAUAUCCUGAGUUAGGCAAAUGGCUUCUCCUGUUUAUUUUGUAACUUUGUAACAGUUUUGUCUUGAUUGCAGAAGAAUGCUUCAAGUCAGCUUACUAGAACAACACACAGUCACACACACACAUACACACACUGACACACUAGACGCUUCGAUUUCAAUAAACAUCUUCGUCCAAAAA